GAGCUUUGCCGCAGCGUCGAAUUUCACGCGCCUAUCUCACAGCACGGAGCUGUUGUGCACUGCUAACUUAGGAAGUGUCUCUCACCCAAGCCACAUCCGGCAGUCGCAAUUAUGGCAGACCAAACGAACAGACCGCACAGGACGGGGAAAGAGAAGAAGGUGCAUUCUGGAGGACCAAACCCCAAGGCUUUUGCAUAUGCAGCGCCAGGAAGACUGGCCAAGCAGGGCGCUCGCUCUCAAGAUGUAAAAGAGAAGCGCCUCCAUGUCCCGCUCGUCGACCGCCUCCCCGAAGAAGCGCCCCCGAUCAUCGUCGCCGUCGUCGGUCCCUCAGGUGUCGGCAAAACCACACUCAUCAAGAGUCUCAUCAGACGCUAUACCAAGCAGACUCUGUCCUCACCAUCCGGGCCGCUCACUGUCGUCACUUCGAAGCGCCGCCGCCUUACAUUCAUAGAAUGCCCAUCCGACUCGCUCGCUAGCAUGAUCGACAUUGCCAAGGUGGUAGAUAUCUGCCUGCUCAUGAUCGAUGGAAACUAUGGCUUCGAGAUGGAGACCAUGGAGUUCUUGAACGUGCUCUCCUCGUCUGGUAUGCCCGGUAAUGUCUUCGGUAUUUUGACACAUCUGGAUUUGUUCAGGAAGCAGGAGACGCUGAAGCUGCAGAAGAAGCGCCUCAAGCACCGCUUUUGGAGCGAGCUGUACCAGGGCGCGAAGCUGUUCUACCUCUCAGGCGUGGUGAACGGGCGAUACCCUGAUAGGGAGAUCAUGAACUUGAGCAGGUUUCUGAGUGUGAUGAAGAACCCUAGACCGCUGGUUUGGAGAAACUCGCAUCCGUAUUGCUUGGCAGACAGGUUCUUAGAUAUCACGCCUCCGACCGAUAUCGAGCAGAAUUCCAAGUGUGAUCGGACAAUCGCGCUAUACGGAUAUCUGCGAGGCACAAACUUCCCGGCUGCAGGGUCGAGGGUGCACAUCCCUGGUGUUGGCGAUCUGACUGUCACAACGACCGAAGCGCUGCCCGAUCCAUGUCCAACGCCGUAUUUCGAGAAACAGGCGGAGAAGAUUACAGGCAAGAAGAAGCGCACAAGAUUGGGUGAGAAGCAGAAGAUUUUGUACGCGCCCAUGUCAGACGUUGGCGGUGUUCUGGUCGACAAGGACGCCGUCUACAUUGACGUUAAGACAAACACUUUCAACCCAGACGAGGAGCCGGAUCAGGAGCGUGGCCUUGGAGAACAAAUGAUGAUCGGUCUUCAGGGCGGCAGGAAACUGCUUGGAGAAGACGACCGUGGCUUCAGGUUGUUCAGCGGUGGAGAGCUGGUCAACAACCAGAACAUCGAUGGCGACGAGGAUGCUGGAAACACCGGACGACGAUCGCAACGCAAAGCACGAGCUGCGGACGCUGAUGAUAUCGACGAUGCAGAUCUUGACGGUAUUGACAGCGACGACGAUGAGCUCCAGCAGUAUCAUAGUGGCGACGAAGAUGAAGAGGACGACACUGGGUUCCUGGACACAAAUCGCUCGUCAUUGAGGAAGCCGAAGCUGGCGCGAAAGGAAGAGAAGGAUGAUGCGGCAGAGGAAGUAGCCUUCGCCGACAGUGAUUCUGACCUCGGUUCGAUAUCAGGAGAGGAGCCAAACUCGAGCGAUUUCGAGAGUGGCGACUUCGACUCUGAAGUGGACGAGGACGACGAUGAUGGCGCGCUCAACUGGAAAGCCAAUCUCCAUGAAAACGCAGCUAAGAUGCACGGACGGAAACGACCGUACCGCAUCGCCGAGCUUGGAAAACUGAUAUACAAUCUCGAAAUUUCGCCAGAAGAUGUGAUUAAGAAAUGGAAGGGAGACGAGGAAGAAGAGAACAUUGAGGUGGAUGAGGAUGACGACGGUUUCUUCAAGAAAUCAAAGGCCCAGGAUGCGAACAACGAAGAUCGUUACAUUGCGCGCUUCAAUUAUGAAGAGCUGGCGAAGAAAUGGGAAGAUGAAGAGAAUAUUGCAGCCUUGAAGACACGAUUUGCUGGCGGUCACAUGGCUGGAAAGGCCGGUGACGGCGGUGACGAUGAUUUCGAGGGCUUCGAUGGUGAAGGCGAUGACGAUGAAGGCGAUGGCGAAUUCGAGGAUCUCGAGACCGGCGAGAAGUUCGGCGGAGACGAGCCCAACACCGAAGCUGAAGCCGAGGUCGACGACAUUGAGGCAGAGCGCGAGAAGAACGCGAAACGGAAGGAGGAGCUCAAGCUAAGGUUCGAGGAAGAAGACCGAGAAGGUUUCAUGAACGAUAAAGCAGACGCCCGGAAAGAAGGCGGACAAGAGGAAGAAUUCGGCGAAGACGAUUGGUAUGAUGCACAGAAGGCCUUGCUCAAGAAGCAGCUCGACAUCAACCGCGCCGAGUUCGAUCAGCUGGACGAAGCUUCUCGUCAACGCGUUGAGGGUCACAAGGCUGGCACAUACGCCCGUAUCGUGCUUGAGAAUGUGCCCUGUGAGUUCUCUGUUAACUUCAGCCCGCGUUUCCCCGUGCUGAUCGGCGGUCUGACACCGACUGAAGAGCGUUUUGGCUUUGUUCAGAUCCGAAUCAAGCGUCACCGCUGGCACAAGAAGAUCUUGAAGACCAACGAUCCUGUUAUCUUCUCGGUCGGUUGGAGACGCUUCCAGACCACUCCCAUUUACUCCAUCUCCGAUUCGCGAACAAGAAACCGCAUGCUCAAAUACACACCAGAGCAUAUGCACUGCUUUGGUACCUUUUACGGACCGCUUGUUGCGCCAAACACAGGUUUCUGCUGUGUUCAGUCACUCUCGAACAAGACCCCCGGGUUCCGGAUAUCAGCCACUGGUGUCGUGCUGAACGUAGACGAGUCUACAGAGAUCGUCAAGAAGCUCAAGUUGACAGGUCACCCCUACAAGAUCUUCAAGAACACAGCCUUUAUCAAGGACAUGUUCAAGACCUCGCUCGAAAUCGCCAAAUUCGAAGGUGCAUCCAUCCGCACCGUGUCUGGCGUUCGCGGGCAGAUCAAACGCGCCCUGUCCAAGCCCGAAGGCAACUUCCGUGCGACUUUCGAAGACAAGAUCCUCAUGUCCGACAUCGUCUUCCUGCGAGCCUGGUACCCUAUCAAGCCGCGUCGCUUCUAUGCCGCCGUCACCAAUCUGCUUGUCCCACCCACAGCUGAAGAUAAGGAGGCUGGAGAAAGCACAAGCUGGCAAGGAAUGCGCCUCACCGGCGCCGUCCGCGCCGAACUCAACCUACCCACUCCCUCUAUCAAGAACUCCGCGUACCGCCCCGUGGAGCGCGAGGAGCGAAAAUUCAACCCUCUCCGCGUACCUCGCAAGCUUGCCGCCGAACUGCCCUUCAAGUCACAGAUCGCACAUAUGAAGCCGCAGAGGAAAGAGACGUAUCUGCAGAAACGCGCUGUUGUUUUGGGUGGUGAGGAGAAGAAGGCUAGGAGGUUGAUGAACCAGGUCAUGGCGAUUAGAAAUGAGAAGGUGGAGAAGCGCAGAGCGAAGCAGGAGGAGAGGAAGCAGCCGUAUAAGAAGAAGAUUGAGGAGAAUAAGGAGAUGAAGGAGGCAAGAGAGAAGAGAGAGAAGCAGGAGUAUUGGCAGCGUGAGGGCAAGAAGAGACAUCAUCAGGGUGAUGGGGAGAGUGGUAGGGGUGGUGCUGGUGGGAAGAGGAGGAAGUAGAUGUCUGUUCGAGAGAGUGGAGAGCGUGAGACUGCAUUGCGUUGCAUUGUUGUGGCGUUAAUAUGUGAGUUGCGGUCUCGAGAAGUCAAAGAAUAUCAUACAGUCAAUCAGUUCCUGC